AUGGAUACCAUCUUGGUUUUCAGCCUAAUCAUUACAUCCUAUGAUGCCAACAAGAAAGAACUCAGAGAUAGCAGUUGCCAAGUGGAACAGCUUCCUGGGCUCUUCCCAAAGGGUGUGAGAAAUACCAGGCGUAUGCUAAUGCCAGAAGCUCAGGCAGAAGCCAAUAGGUCUGCCUUCAUCCAAAAUCUGACUGUGGCUACCUUGCUGUGCCUUGGCUCUGGGAGCAAAGUGAGACUCAACCUUGUAUAUGUAGAGAAAAGGCCAAAGGUCAAGCAUACUCUAAAGAACCUGAGAGUCAUUGCUGCUCCCCACAGGAACAGCACAGCCUUCCCCAACUGUCACCUAGCCCUCACAUCCAAGCUUCAGACUGGGUCCCUUCUAACAGGCAAAGCUUUUUUACCAGGGAUCUCCCAAUGUAAGGUCUAUCCAGUGAUGAGGGCUUCAUCAGGGACUUUUCCCACCACCACCACCUCCGUAACUCCAGGGAAUAAAGGAGAGAAAACUACAAGUAUUGAUGAUUUUUCUAGCUCUUUGAAACAAGACACAGAUGAGGACCUGGAGAAGAGGCAGAAAUGGAGUAUUGUGGUCAAAUUUCUGAUUGCUGCCACUCUGUUGCUCAAUGCAAUCAUCAUUACAGUGUUUGUCAUUUUUGAAGUCCCAUGUCCUAGUCAAUGCCUGAGAGCCAGAGAGCUAUGCCAAUGCCCGCGGUUGUGGAGAAAGCAAAGGAAGGGAGGCCAACAACCCGAGGCAGCUAAAUCCCAGCCUGCCUCUCAGCCAGAGGAGGAAGGUGUUGGACAAAAUGCUCCCAAUUCAAGCUCAAAGAAAGCUGCAGGGAUCACUGUUAUCCAGCAGACAUACUUCUGAAAAGUUCUGCUCUGCCUCACACACUGCAUUCUCCCUAUUAUUAAUCAAGAUAGGCAGAUUCUUGCCAAUUCUAUACGCGUAUCUUCAGCAGGAACAUUGCAAUAAAAAAGUAAUGCC